CAAGCACUCAACAUCUUCCUCCGAUUUCAGACUUUACCAACUUUCUCACUUCGAUUUCUGCGAAUUUUAUUCUACAAAAAAAGAGAGACGAUGAGCACCGGUGCAGGAAGCGGAACAACCAAAGGUGGAAGAGGAAAGCCAAAGGCCACCAAGUCUGUCUCUCGUUCAUCAAAAGCCGGUCUUCAGUUCCCUGUCGGAAGAAUCGCCAGAUUCCUCAAGGCCGGCAAAUACGCCGAGCGUGUCGGUGCCGGAGCUCCGGUCUAUCUCUCCGCCGUUCUUGAAUACCUCGCCGCUGAGGUGUUGGAGCUAGCUGGAAACGCGGCGAGGGAUAACAAGAAGACACGUAUUGUGCCGAGACACAUUCAGCUUGCGGUGAGGAACGAUGAGGAGCUUAGUAAGCUUCUGGGAGCUGUGACGAUUGCUAACGGUGGAGUGUUGCCGAACAUUCAUUCGAACCUUUUGCCUUCCAAAGUUGGGAAGAACAAAGGAGACAUUGGAUCUGCUUCUCAAGAGUUUUGAGUUCUCUGCUUCUCAAGUGCUGAGUUCUCUUUUAGUCUCUUUGUUGUUUGUAAAAUAUCAAUCUUUGCUUUUAAGGCUAAGCAUAUGGCUUUCGUACCUAAUGUUUCAAUGAUAUAAGUUUCGUAAUGGAUCAUAGGUUUGAUUCAAUUCUUCUACAAUUGCAUGUCCAAAGUCGCAGUGAAAAACAAAUUCAGAACGAAUGAGUUCUAUGUUCUUCUGAGUUUCACCUUCAUUUUGUCUCUUACUUGUCGGAAACCAUUUUUUGGUA